CCUCUUUCUUCAGUGCUAACCAAUCAAGUCCACUAAUCUCAGCCUCCCUAGUCCCAAAAUGGCUUAUUUCCGGCGAGCCGCCACCGCAAUGAUCUUCAUAUUCCAACUCUUUGCUCUCUCGAACGCCCACAACAUAACCAAAAUCUUGGCCAAAGACCCUGACUUCUCCACUUUCAACCACUACCUCUCAGCCACUCAUCUGGCCGACGAGAUCAACCGCCGGCAAACCAUCACCGUCUUGGCCGUUGACAACUCAGCAAUGAACUCUAUCCUCUCCAAAGGCUACUCACUCUACACAAUCCGCAACAUUCUCUCCCUCCACGUCCUAGUCGAUUACUUCGGCGCCAAGAAGCUCCACCAGAUCACAGACGGCUCCACUUCCACCGCAUCCAUGUUCCAAUCCACCGGAUCCGCCACUGGAACUUCCGGAUACGUCAACAUCACAGACAUCAAAGGCGGGAAAGUUGCUUUUGGUGUCCAGGACGACGACAGCAGACUCACUGCUCACUACGUCAAGUCCAUCUUUGAGAAGGCUUACAACAUCUCCGUUCUUCAUAUCAGCCAAGUCUUGACCUCGCCCGAAGCGGAGGCUCCGACCGCCAGCCCUAGCGAUCUCAUCCUCACCACGAUUCUUGAAAAGCAAGGAUGCAAAGCUUUCUCUGACAUGUUGAAAUCCACCGGAGCCGACAAGACCUUUCAAGACACCGUCGACGGAGGCUUGACGGUGUUCUGUCCUUCCGACAGCGCUGUCGGAAAGUUCAUGCCUAAGUUCAAAGCUCUCUCUGCGGCGAACAAGACGGCAUUGGUGUUGUACCAUGGCAUGCCGGUUUACCAAUCUUUGCAGAUGCUUAGAUCAGGUAACGGCGCCGUUAACACGUUGGCGACUGAAGGAAACAACAAGUUUGACUUCACCGUUCAGAACGAUGGAGAGGACGUGACUCUUGAGACGGACGUUGUGACGGCGAAGAUAAUGGGGACGUUAAAGGAUCAAGAGCCGUUGAUCAUUUACAAGGUGGAUAAAGUUUUGUUACCGAGAGAAAUCUACAAGGCUGUUAAGACGGCCGCUCCAGCUCCUAAGUCAAGUAAGCACAAGCCUAAGAACGCGGAGGCUGAUGAAGACGCUGACGGACCGAGCGCUGACGCUCCGGGAGACGAUGACGGUGAGGUUGCUGAUGAUAAAAAUGGUGCUAUUCAUGUGAUGGUUUCAAGAAGCAGUGUUUUUGUGACAGCGUUUGUCUGGCUCUGUUUCGGAGUAUGGUUCAUGUGA